AUGGCAAUGGCCACGACAAGUGCAGACGUCGACGUCGUUGUCAUCGGUGCCGGUCUAUCUGGUUUGACUGCGACUCGUCAGAUAAGCAAAGCAGGCUAUAAGGUCCGUGUUCUGGAAGCUAGAAGUCGUGUCGGUGGCAGGACAUGGAGCGAGCCAUCACCAUCGGGUCGUCCUGGAGUGAUAGACUUUGGUGCUUCUUGGCUGAACGACUCGAACCAGCGAUGCAUGGCUGCACUGACAGAAGAAUUUGGUGGCGCUGUUGAAACGGUAAAGCAGAAUGUGACUGGAAAGGUUGUACUACAGCAGCAAAAUGGCGAAGUGAUUAUUGUUCCUUAUGGAGGUGCACCUGAUCGACUCGACGAUAUCACUAUCCUCGCCUACUUGAACAAGCUCAAUGCAAGUCCCGAAGCAAUAACGACUGCCACAGUCUGGACUCGUGCCAUGCUCGGGCGCGAACCUUCAGAUGUCUCAGCACUUUUCUUCCUCCGCUACCUCAAAGCUGGCGGAGGCUUGGUCCAGAUGCGUCAGGACGGCAAGCACGGAGGCCAAUACCUUCGCACACGUCAAGGUACACAAACAUUUUGUACCAAAAUGGCAGAAUUGUUACCUACAGGUAUUAUCACAUUAAACAAUGCCGUCACAUCGAUCGAGCAGAUCGGCCCUUUGCUACUCAAAAUCAACGACAGCAUAACCUGUCACAAGGUCAUCUGCGCAAUUCCACCACCAGUCGUCCAGAAAAUCAGAUUCACCCCAGACCUAUCAAUCGAAAAACGCACACUCCUCAACUCAUACGGCUACGGCUACUAUCAAAAAGUCAUGGCAAUCUUCGAGACCCCCUUCUGGGUUCAAGCUGACUUCUGCGGCCUCGUAUCAUCUUUCAAAGGUCCAGCUUGCGUGAUGCGCGAUACCUCAGUACCACAAGACGAUUUCCACGUCAUAACAUGCUUCUUAGCUGGGAAAAGUGGCAGGGAAUGGUCAGAACUGCUAUCGGAGCAGGAGAGACGAGCGGCCAUCGUUGAACAGCUCAAGACGGUCUUUGGCGAGAAAGUCGAAGGGGAACUGCUGGAUGUGGUGGGCUAUCAGUGGAGUGAUGAUGAGUAA